AUGCCUGGCGUCCCCCCCGAUGCGCUGCAGCAAUUGAAGAAGGGCCUCAAGGCCAUCUUCUCUCGCAAGAAGAAGAAGGCUACCACUGAAGGCACUCAACCUAAGCCCGCCCCAGCCGCAGACAAGCCAGCCAACGGUGCUGCGGCCGGCGCCGCAACGGUCAUAGCAGUUCCUGCCACAGAAGCCAAACCAGCCGAACCAGCUCCUGCUACCGAACCUAAGCCUGCUGUCGUAGCAGAUAAGUCAGCAGAAGCAACACCGCAGCCCACCGAAACAAAGACCGAGGAAUCUACGACUCCUGCCGCGGAACCACAUAGUGCUCCAGAGACGAAGGUCGAGGCUUCAGCUACUGAACCUAAGGCCGAUGCUCCUAUCGAAACAACCGCUAACCCCGCGCCUGCUCUAGCUGAAACUGCUCCCGCGACACCAACGCCUGCCCCUGCAGUAGCCCCUAUCGCAGAGACGCAGACGGAGGCCGCUCCAGCUCCAGCUCCUGCUGCCCCUGUUGCUGCUGCUCCCGUUGCUGCUGCUCCUGCACCUGAAGCAGCCCCCGCUGUGGAGACAAACACUGAGGCCGCCCCCGCUCCUUCUGAGGUUGCGCCUCUAGCACUGGUCCCUGGCCUAGAGGCAACUCCGGUCCAACCGGCACAAGAGAGAAUAGUUGAGACUGCAGAGCUGGCCAAAAAUCGUGCUGACCAUAAAUAG